AAAGGCGUUCAGUGCUAAUCUAAUGUUUUAUAUUGUCAUUUAUACGUGAAAUUUAUGGAGGCAACUUUAAAUGUAGCAUGCAGUUAAUACGUAAGCAUGAAACAACAUAAAACAUGCUACAUAUUGCUACCUGUGAGUGGAAUAAUUUGUUUUAUGAUAUUUAAUAGAAAACAAAUAAUACAUUUGCAAUCUUCCUUUUGGUGUUAGGUCGAGGAAGCAACGGCUAUGACGCAAACACAGCUGGAUUGUGUCCUCCAUGAUGCAGACUUGUGUCCACCAGAGGUUGAAUGUAGUGAGUCAGUAUUGGACAUAGAAUACCUUCCACCUCAGACACCACCAUCACCCAGUGACAAGGAAGAUUUGAAAAGUCCAAACCAAUCUCAGAAAUUGUCCACUGAAGAAGCGGUCAAAGGUUCAGACACAAAUUCAAGUGCAGAUGGCGAUCAGCAAAGAGGCAUGUGCAACUUUCAAAGACAAAAGGAUCCAACAACUUAUGUGAAAAGAAAAAACAAGAAACAAAAUGGAAACCAAAAAGUUAGAGUGUACAGAAGGUAUUUCUGCCUCUACUGUGGCAAACCAUCUACAAAGAUGGCAAGGCAUUUGCAGCACAAACAUAUGGAGCAGAAGGAUGUAGCAUAUGCCUUCAGCUUUCCUUUAGGAUCAAAACAAAGAAAGGUUCUUUUGGGACAACUGCGAAACUUAGGUGACUUUAAGCACAACGCCAUAGUCCUGGCUAAAGGCAGAGGUGACCUAGUGACAUGGCAGCACUUAUCUGAUAAGGCUUCUGUUCAGGACUACAUGCCUGGCUCUUUUUGUUCUGGGAUUUUUGCUGGUAUACUUGCUGAAAAUCCGUGCCUCUGUGCAAGACCCGGUGUGAAGACAAACAUACGUGACUGUCUGGGAAAAUACACAAAGGAAAGCAAGGCAGAAAACCCUGAACUCCUGAGGUCAGCUAAGCUACGAAAAAAUGUUGCAACACUCUGUAAGCUUCUGGAUCUCUGCGAACAACUGCUGGAACAAGUUGCAAGGUUCAUGGGGCACUGCACACUGCAAAAAAUCAGUAAACCUCCUUUUGGGAUGGAACAAGGCAUGGCCACCUUAUCAGGAAGGAACCUCAAUACACUUGAUCCUUCUGCAUGUGGUAUUUACGCUCACUUAGUCCUGCUGAACACCAUUAGUUUAACUGUAAUAUACUCCUGAACAAGGGUCAGUAGUACAGUAGAGCUGUUUUAAUGAGCAAUAGUCUUUGUAACAGGACACUGAACACUGAUAUAUGACUUCUGUUUUCUUUUUUAGGUAAAAGUCAUGUACCAACUUCUGAGAGUGUCCAACAGAGGAAGAGGAAACAUGGUGAAGAGGUGGAUGAAGAUGGAGGUUCUGACCUCUCAUCCCCCAAAAAGAGACAUGAGCUCUGCAGUGAAAAUAGGAAUUUGCAUUCAGAUG